CUGAUGGCUGCACUGAGGGCGGGGCGGGGUGCAGCUUGGAUCCUCCAGGGAUGGCGGGCUUUGGGGGGCAUUCUCUGUGGGAAGGGACCCCUGUUGACCCCUGACCUCCGGGCCCUGCUGACGUCAGGAACUCCUUACCUACAGGCCCGGGGGACUUAUGGGACCUCUAGUCUCCGGGCCCGGUUGUCUCAGGGGAUCCCUGAACCUCGGGCAUGUUUGACGUCUUGGACCCCGACGCGACGGACUGCAGAGAACCCUGAUCCCCCGGCCCGGGAGGCCUCAGGGAACCCUGGAGCCCUACCGCACUCGUGGCUGGUGGUGACGCUUGGCGCUGGGGGCGCAUUGCUGUUGUUGUUGUGGGGCAGGGGUCGGAGUCCUCCAGCCGUGCUAGCCGCUGUCCCUGCUCCACCACCCACCUCUCCCCGGAGCCAGUACAAUUUCAUUGCAGAUGUGGUGGAGAAGACUGCACCUGCCGUGGUGUAUAUCGAGAUUUUGGACCGGCACCCUUUUUCGGGCCGAGAAGUCCCUAUCUCAAAUGGCUCAGGAUUCGUGGUGGCUGCCGAUGGGCUCAUUGUUACUAAUGCCCAUGUGGUGGCAGAUCGGCGCCGCGUCCGUGUGAGGCUGCUUAGCGGUGACACAUAUGAGGCCAUGGUUACGGCUGUGGAUCCUGUGGCAGAUAUCGCCACGCUGAGGAUUCAAACCAAGGAGCCUCUACCCACACUCCCCCUGGGACGUUCAGCUGAUGUCCGGCAAGGCGAGUUUGUUGUUGCUAUGGGAAGUCCCUUUGCGCUGCAGAACACAAUCACUUCUGGCAUUGUCAGCUCUGCUCAGCGUCCAGCCAGAGACCUUGGACUGCCCCAAACCAAUGUGGAAUACAUUCAGACUGAUGCAGCUAUUGAUUUUGGAAACUCUGGAGGUCCGCUGGUUAACCUGGAUGGGGAGGUGAUUGGAGUGAACACUAUGAAGGUCACAGCUGGAAUCUCCUUUGCCAUCCCCUCUGAUCGACUUAGAGAGUUUCUGCGACGUGGGGAAAAGAAAAGUUCCUGGUUUGGAAUUAGUGGAUCCCAGCGCCGCUACAUUGGGGUGAUGAUGCUGACUCUUACUCCCAGCAUCCUUGCUGAACUACAGCUUCGAGAACCAAGCUUUCCUGACGUUCAGCAUGGUGUACUCAUCCAUAAGGUCAUCCUCGGCUCCCCUGCACACAGGGCUGGUCUACGACCUGGUGAUGUGAUCUUGGCCAUUGGGGAGCAGCUCGUACAGAAUGCUGAAGAUGUUUAUGAAGCUGUUCGAACCCAGUCACAGCUGGCAGUGCGAAUCCGGCGGGGAUCAGAAACCCUGACUUUAUAUGUGACUCCAGAGAUCACAGAAUGACUGGAUUAGCAAGAAUGUGAGGCACCUGCUCUGAUUCCCUCCUUGCCUUCCUGCCUAGGUUUUGAGGGCACUGGGCAGGGGCAUCAAUGAACCAGUGGGGGGCAGGUCCCUCCAACCACCAGCAUCAAUAUCUGGGCCCUGAACAAUCUCAAAAACACUUUUUAUAUAAAAUAAAAUUAUACCUAACAACA